GAAAGGAUGGGCUGUAACAUUGAAUCAAUUACUGGUCGCUGUAGCUCAAGCGCAUUGUGAGCGCGGCCGUGGACGCAGACGGAGGGGCGCACAUAUGCUAGCUCUCACUGUGAAGGAUCGUGGCCAUUGGAUUACUACCACUGCAACACAAUUGAGUAGAGCCUUAACUGAGCCGACCAGAGCGCUUUUAUGCUCCUGAUUUCAUUCUAUUGGGAUUUAUAAUCAAGACACAUAAUCCAAUCGGAAUUUAAGAGGUUUGUAUUUAAAACAAAUUAGCAAAUAUUAUUUGUUUUUGCAAAAUGUAUUUUAUCAAUACGCCUAUUAAUUGAGAGAAUUUCAAAUGUGCAAAAAUGAAAAGGUUAUCCAACUGCACAGCUUUUAGGCUAGUUCAAUUUUUCCUCCUUAGUGAAUAAUCACGAAAUAGCCUAGCUUCUUAUUAGGAUGGCACCAUAUUGUGAAAACCUUUACCGAGAAGAAAUUAUUAAUCUGACCGGAUCCAUCCAUCACACUUUGGGGGCUUUCAUUACGAGGAAACGUUUCACCAAACUUCAUGAAACUUUGAAGAUGCAUUAGCUUGCAGGCUAUGGGUUAUGCAUAAUGCAUUAUGAUUUGAACGGGAUUCAGUUUUCCAUGAAACAUAUGGUCUCACCUCCGGAUGCCUAACGGAGAGAUAUCGCUGACUCCGCUGGAUAAAAGCGCUCAAUUUCGGCCUCACAGCUGGAGGUGUCACCUCUAGGUUUGAGGGUCCAUUGUGGGAUGCUGCUGCCUGCCUUGCCAUCUAAUGGAAAACACAUUGGAAAUUGGAUUUCAAGUUGUUUUCGUUAUUGCGCUUAGAAUGUGUGGAAUUAAAUGGAAUAUUGUGCCUAGCGAUUUGCUUGCUGAGAUUGGACGCAGGCUGUAGCCGAAGGGAAUUCAACAGUAGACAGAAGGGUCUUUUCUUUUUGACCCACUAAAAAAAGUAUAGUAGCCUAUAGAGUGGACCCCAUUCUUGGUUGGAUGUAAUUUCAGUGCACCAGACAACAAAAUGCAAAUAGCCUACAUUUGCCACCAAUACAAUUAUUCAUAAUUAGCCUACAAUUUAAUGAUGGCUAAUAUAAUAUGCACAAAAUAUGUAUGCAUAUGUGUUAAGAUUGCAAUAGAAUAGAGUUGCGCGCUGCACGAAUGUAACGGUCAAGUUAGAUACAACUUUUAAAGUUUUCCAUCAGUGAAACUCACUGCCUUGGACAUUUUUUUGUUUGCUUGCCCCAAUGCCCCUACCAUCCUGCUAUCUUUAGACAUCUCUCUGCUAUAUUCUCAUGGAAAUCAAUUCUGCACAUGGGGGAUUGAAUUUAACAGUUUAAGUGUCUGUGGAGGACAGUGAGUUGAACAACCCUCUCUCAGCUGUUGCUCCAAAGUGUCAAGCCCAGCAGAAAGGAGCUUUUGGCAGGCUGCACAUUUGCUGGGACUGUAGUGUUUGGUGUGGGCGAGAAAAGGACGGGAAGACUGACAAGCCCUACAUUUGCACACCCGGCUGGAAUACAAAAUCCCUUACCCCAAAGGAGCCAGUUGAAACAACGAUAUGCGCAAACGUGUCAAAGUGUAUUAGUCAGGAUUCCCACGCGAAUGUUUGUCAUACAGACUUCUCUUCAGAGAGGGGUCUCUUCAUUAUAGUCCCUCUCUAACCCUGGGUUUGGUUUGCCAGGGAUAAUUAGCCUGUCCCGGAUGAGAUAGAGCAGACUACCACAUAUGACUCACUUAGGCCUACACUGUUAAAAGUAGCAGCAAACUGUUUUGAGACAAUAGGGAUUUUGAUUAUGGAUUAAAAUAAUGUAUUUUAAUCGAGCCAAUUGGAGAUUAGAAUUAGAAGAUAAUUUAACAUAAUUAUCCUAUAGUCACUAAUUACGUUUAAACUAAUUGUUUCUAUUGAAUAGAUUAGAGUAAAACUGGUAGGUACAUAAACGUUUUUAAAGUUUUCAGAGUUGCGUCUCUCUCCGCUCAUGCGUUUAUGGAAUCCAGGGUCCGAACACAGGGUCCCGCGCACCAGACAGAGUGAUAACACUCGGACCAGGGGAAUGUCUGUUGACCACAGACCCAUGACAGGAAGCACAAUUAAACUUGGAUGGAUGAGUUCUUUAACAGCGUAAAAAGUUAGUUGGGUCGAGUUGCUUGGUAUGCAAGCGUAUGGUAACCAUGUCUAGAUUUUCAGUUGCAGUGAAUAAGUCAAGAUGCAAACAUAUUUAUUAUCUGAAAGAUCAUAAUCAAUCCUGGAAUUCUGUUUGGAUUCUACUUGAAAGCGUUUGUAGUGCUUAUCAUUUGUGUUGAUUGAUGCUGCUAGAUUACAAUACUAAAAAAGUAAAUUAAACUGAAAAUAGAGAAGGCCAAAUUAAAAGAAAUCUAAGCAACAAGAAGAGAAAGACUGCACAAUUUCUAUAGAUCUAUAGGCUUAUACAGUAGCCUAAUACAGUUGGCAAGUUUGUAGCCUAGGCCUGUACUUGCCAUUGCCACAGAAAUAGGCUAUUCCAUUUCCGGCGACAUGACAAACAACAAUGUAACUUUCCUGCUGGAGAAAGAAGUUACAGACCGCAGAUGACUGCUUGAUGCAGGCAAAACGUGAACGAUGUCGCCCCCUAGCGACUUCAGUGCCUGAAUUGAAUUCCAGCUCCUCUAGGCAAAGAAUUGACGUUGGCGCCACUAUGCUGAUUCAACCAUGUCCAACGUUUUUAUAAACGUCUUCUGAGACCAAACCAGUGCCAUCACCACCCCUGCUCAUCAAGAUGACUCAAUGUGCGCUUUACAAGACCUGGUGUGCCACAAUAGGCUACAGUUGGAGACAGGAGAAAGCCAGUCAGUUUUACUGCUGUGCUGGAGCAGUAAAAGUCCCUCUAUUGAUUUUAAUUGAUUAAAUUGUAAUGUUUUCCAAAAGGCUUAGGUAGUGGAGACAGGGGUAUCUUCCCCCAUAAAUCAACACAUUUUCACUUAACCUAGACAGAUACUGGUGUUGUUUUUGCAACAUCUGGUGGAACCAUGUCUGACGUGCAAGUAUUUCAACUCUUCCAGCAGAAUUAACCAUCCGUGACCAUGGAUGAAAUGAAGACAUGUCUCAUCAUUGUGUUUGUCUUGUUUGGGUUGUUGUCAGGUAAGAAACUCAUUUAAAUAAGUAAAAUCGUUUAUUGGUUCUUAUCACCUGAUCAUAAUCUGCGUGCGCACAUAACUUGCCUUUUCCUUCCGACAUCACGGUUAAAUAAACAAACCUGUCCAAUGUUUUGUAUUGAUAACACUAUGGACAUUCAGUGAACUGUUGUUUUUUCUAUUAGUUACCCGCGGGCUGGCCCCACCGACCAUUGUAUCAACUGAAGAUGAGUUUGUUCUCGAGCCGCUCUCCGUGUUCAACAUCAGCUGCACCGGUAAAAGGAACGUUGCUUGGGUCGAGCCCCUACCAGAUGACACAUUUGUUUUGCCUGGAUAUUACACGGCCACGCUCUUCAUCUACAACGCUUCUGUGACACACACCGGAAUUUACACCUGCAAAUAUCAAGACAAAGAGGGCGAUGAAUUGGAGGAUGGCGUUGACAAUGAUGCUUUCAUAUACGUUUUCGUCCCAGGUAAAUAUGGUAAAAUUGUUUGUCAUAUCCAUACUCUGUUAUUCUAUUCUAUUAAUUCCCAUAUUCAUAGCUUUUUGACCAAACAACCCUGUUCUUGCCAUGUUGCUCAGAUCCUGAGAUUCCAUUUGUGCCUGAGGAGCCAGAUAGCUUGCUAGUUCCAGUCUAUCCCAAUGGAACCAUCAUCCCCUGCAGGGUGUCAGACCCUCACUCCCUGGUCGUCCUAAAGAGUGCUCCCAGUGGAGUAGAGGUGGACGCAGUUUAUGAGAACAAGAUCGGCUUCAUUGGCAACCUGGAUGCUGGAUUGUACAUCUGUGAGACCACCGUGAAUGGCGUGACAAUGACCAGUGACACCUACACUGUGGAGGCCAACAAACGUAAGGAGUCCAGAUGUUCAUGAUUUGUUUGAUGACAAAUGGCUCUGCUGCUUAGUUUUAAUAUCACUUUGGUUAAAAAAGCUGUCAUCGUUUUUUUCAUGCCUUAGAGCAACAGAUAAGUGAUUGAAUAAGCAUUAGGCCCAGAAAGGGGAUGAUAUUGAGGCCAGCUAUUAACACCCUGGGCUUGUUUACUACUGAGAGUGUGUGUGUGUGUGUGUGUGUGUGUGUGUGUGUGUGUGUGUGUGUGUGUGUGUGUGUGUGUGUGAGAGAGAGAGAUGAGGUGGUCUCACUGCAUGAGAGAGAUGACAUCAUGUCAUUAGUACCGGGGGAGAUGACUUCACAGGGUUGUAGUCAGACACUGAGGAUGUGAUGACAUCAGCCUGCAGUGAAGUCAGAGAGGGGGAUGACCAUGCAGAGGCCUGUAGAUUACCAUAUUGUCCCUGUUGACCGUAUUGCUCCUCCCUACCCUGGUGGUCUGUACAGAGAUGGAGAACGUCCAUGUGGAGGUGAAGGCCAGCGAAGAGGCAGUGAGACUGGGGGAACCCUUCAACAUCACCUGUGUUGCCCCUCCAGGACUGCCCUACCAGCAGCAGUGGCUCCACCCCAGGAAACAGGCAAGGCCUCACCCCCCAUAGCCGCGCGAAGUAGGGGUGCUGCAGCACACCCUGUAAAAUCAGAAUAAAAAAAAGAUUUAGUGCGGGCAAAAAGAUUUGUCCAAAUCCCCCCUUUUUCCCUCAGAACAGCCUCAGUUAGAGAAAAUGCAAUAACAGAAAAAAAGGGAAAGAUUUUCUGUGUAAAAUUUCCAAAUCUGUUUGACUGGUUGUAAGGAAAUAAAAGCUGUGAAAAUGACCCAACACGUUUCUGAUAAGAUUUCAGUUUGGCUUGGAUGCAUAUUUUAUGUGGUUGAAAUACUAUCAGCUUUUGUGAUGCUGAUAAAGAUAGCACCUCUACAGACGGUAUCUAACUGCACAUUCGUAUUCUCUCAAGAUGCUGAAAUAAAUCAAGAAUAUUUCUACACUCCUGUUCUAGAGUCACAAUUUUGCCUACAUUUGGUGUAUCAUUUUCCAGCAAGAAAUGCUUAAUUCUGCAGGAGUUAAUAUUUAGUCUAUGUGAGAGGUUAUAGACUUACAGUCAGAGAGGUUAUAGACUUUCAGUUUUCAUUUAACCCAUCUGAACAGUAGGCUACAGUUCCCUUGACGUGCCAUAGGCCUAUUUGAAGUCCCCGUCUUGUGACUGUCGAAUUUGUGUAGCACCUCACAAUCAUUACACAUAACAUUGCCAGCACUGCUAUCAUCCUCUUUUACCACUUCACCAAAUCUUUCCCAAACUUUUCUGACACUCCCUUUUCUUUAUUUUCAACUCUCCACUUCACAGCUUUUCGCUUCUUGAAUAAAUCUCAGACAUGAUCCUAUUUGCCUGCUUAGAUCGAUGUUAACCUUUUCUGCCCGUUCCCAAAAGCAUUUGGCGAUUGGCAUGUAGGCUACAGUGGCUUGCGAAAGUAUUCACCCCCCUUGGCAUUUUUCCUAUUUUGUUACCUUACCUGGAAUUAAAAUGGAUUUUUGGUGGGUUUGUAUCAUUUGAUUUACACAACAUGCCUACCAUUUUGAAGAUGCAAAAUAUUUUUUUGGGGUGAAACAAAAAAAAACAGAACACUUGAGCAUGCAUAACUAUUCACCCCCCCAAAGUCAAUACUUUGUAGAGCCACCUUUUGCAGCAAUUACAGCUGCAAGUCUCUUGGGGUAUGUCUCUAUAAGCUUGGCACAUCUAGCCACUAGGAUUUUUGCCCAUUCUUCAAGGCAAAAUUGCUCCAGCUCCUACAAGUUGGAUGGGUUCCGCUGGUGUACAGCAAUCUUUAAAUCAUACCACAGAUUCUCAAUUGGAUUGAGGUCUGGGCUUUGACUAGGUCAUUCCAAGACAUUUAAAUGUUUCCCCUUAAACAACUCGUGUUACUUUAGCAGUAUGCUUAGGGUCAUUGUCCUGCUGGAAGGUGAACCUCCGUCCCAGUCUCAAAUCUCUGGAAGACUGAAACAGGUUUCCCUUAAGAAUUUCCCUGUAUUUAGCGCCAUCCAUCAUUCCUUCAAUUCUGACCAGCUUCCCAGUCCCUGCCAAUUAAAAACAUCCCCACAGCAUGUUCUCGGGGUGAUGAGAGGUGUUGGGUUUGCGCCAGACAUAGCUCAAUUUUAGUCUCAUCUGACCAGAGUACCUUCUUCCAUAUGUUUGGGGAGUCUCCCACAUGCCUUUUGGCGAACACCAAACAUGUUUGCUUAUUUUUCUCUUCAAGCAAUGGCUUUUUUCUGGCCACUCUUCCGUAAAGCCCAGCUCUGUCGAUUGUACGGCUUAAAGUGGUCCUAUGGACAGAUACUCCAAUCUCCGCUGUGGAGCUUUGCAGCUCCUUCAGGGUUAUCUUUGGUCUCUUUGUUGCCUCUCUGAUUAAUGUCCUCCUUGCCUGGUCUGUGAGGUUUGGUGGGCGGCCCUCUCUUGGCAGGUUUGUUGUGGUGCCAUAUUCUUUCAAUUUUUUAAACGUUUCUGAUAUUUGUUUAUAACCCAACCCUGAUCUGUACUUCUCCACAACUUUGUUCCUGACCUGUUUGGAGAGGUCCUUGGUCUUCAUGGUGCCGGUUGCUUGGUGGUGCCCCUUGCUUAGUGGUGUUGCAGACUCUGGGGCCUUUCAGAAAAGGUGUAUAUAUACUGAGAUCAUGUGACAGAUCAUGUGACACUUAGAUUGCACACAGGUGGACUUUAUUUAACUAAUUAUGUGACUUCUGAAGGUAAUUGGUUGCACCAGAUCUUAUUUAGGGGCUUCAUAGCAAAGGGGGUGAAUACAAAUGCACGCACCACUUUUCCGUUAUUUAUUUUUGAGAUAUUUUUGAAACAAGUUAUUUUUUUCAUUUCACUUCACCAAUUUUGACUAUUUUGUGUAUGUCCAUUACAUGAAAUCCAAAUAAAAAUCCAUUUAAAUUACAGGUUGUAAUGCAGCAAAAUAGGAUAAACGCCAAGGGGGAUGAAAACUUUUGCAAGGCACUGUAUUUGGCACAAAUACAGUCAGGCCCUAAAGUUUAGGCUUAGGCACUAAUGCCAAAUAGCCUAAAAUAAUGAAAGAAAAACCUGAAUGUAGCCUAUAGAUAUAAAUUGCACAAGAAUGAUACAUUUAUGGAUUUUUUAAAAGUAUUGUUUUCUCUUUAUUCAAACCCGCCCGCCUGCAACCCACCCACCCUUCAUCCACACAAUAUUGAAUUACCCUAAACCCGCCUGCCCUGCGGAUAUAACCAUGGGGAUUAUGAGUCAACCAGCGCAUCACUAAUACGCACCACCUCCUCGUAACCCCAGUGAACUGUGUGGAUGUGUUUGACCAUUGAGUGUGUGUUAGGUUCAUGUUAUGUUUAUGUGAGAUAAUGAGAGUGUGUCCAUUCAUGUGUAUAGUCAUGCAUAAUUUAGUUAAUUUAAGUUUGUGUGCCAGUGUAAAUGAUAGUGUGGAUAGUGGAUAUAUAUUUUGUCUGAAGUGAUAGUCUGUGUGUGUGUGUGCACCUAUGUCUUUGUGUGCACUGUUCAGUAAUCCCCACAGCGCAUUGUGACCGAGCGGCUGUUUUAGUGAUGGGAUUCCUAAGCCCUUUUCCAGAGACAGUUAGGGUAAGAAGAGCGCCGGACUCCUGACUCCUGGCUUUGGUCUCAGCUGCAAUUACAGGCAUUUAAAGGCCCUGGGGUCCUGAUUUGUCUCCUGUGGACCAGCAAGUGUUUUCACCAUCAGCUUACAGACCGAUAUAGAGGCAUACUGCUCCGACAUACAGAAUUAAACACUAAACCUGUAAAAAGGUGGAGAAAAGCAUAGAGACAAGAUAUAUUAUUUCCUAGAGAUGGGUAUAGACGGUGUGUAUGUGUAUGCAUGUGUGUGUGUGUGUGUCUAUGGUGUAUUUCAUCUCCCUUCAUCUUUUUCCUCUAUGUAGGCUGUGGAUGCAGUCCAGAUGAAGCAGACUCUGCCUGAUAGAGUGGUAUACACCCUCAGUAUCCCAGCAGCCACCUCUCAGGAUAGUGGGGUGUAUGAGUGCUCCAUCACCAACAACUUCAGUAGCGAGAUCAGAGCCAACAGGGUGGCUGUCACUGUCUUCGGUACACUCUCACCUCCUUAUGGCCAAUCAAAAACUCAUUUUGAGAACAUACACUACCGGUUAAAAGUUUUAGAACACCAACUCAUUCAAGAGUUUUUCUUUAUUUUGACUAUUUUCUACAUUGUAGAAUAAUAGUGAAGACAUGAAAUAACACAUAUGGAAUCAUGUAGUAACCAAAAAAGUGUUAAACAAAUCAAAAAAUAUUUUAUAUUUGAGAUUCUUCAAAUAGCCACCCUUUGCCUUGAUGACAGCUUUGCACACUCUUGGCAUUCUCUCAACCAGCUUCACCUGAAGGAGUUCCCACAUAUGCUGAGCACUUGUUGGCUGCUUUUCCUUCACUCUGCGGUUCGACUCAUCCCAAACCAUCUCAAUUUGGUUGAGGUCGGGGGAUUGUGGAGGCCAGGUCAUCUGAUGCAGCACUCCAUCACUCUCCUUCUUGGUAAAAUAGCGCUUACACAACCUGGAGGUGUGUUGGGUCAUUGUCCUGUUGAAAAACAAAUGAUAGUCCCACUAAGCCCAAACCAGAUGGGAUGGCAUAUCGCUGCAGAAUGCUGUGGUAGCCAUGCUGGUUAAGUGUGCCUUGAAUUCUAAAUAAAUCACAGACAGUGUCACCAGCAAAGCACCCGCACACCAUAACACCUCCUCCUCCAUGCUUUACUGUGGGAAAUACACAUGCAGAGAUCAUCCGUUCACCCACACUGCGUCUCACAAAGACACGGCGGUUGGAACCAAAAAUCUCCAAUUUGGACUCCAGACCAAAGGACACAUUUCCACCAGCUUAAUGUCCAUUGCUCGUGUUUCUUGGCCCAAGCAGGACUCUUCUUAUUAUUGGUGUCCUUUAGUAGUGGUUUCUUUGCAGCAAUUUGACCGUGAAGGCCUGAUUCACGCAGUCUCCUCUGAACAGUUGAUGGUAACUCUAAUGAACUUAUCCUCUGCAGCAGAGGUAACGCUGGGUCUUCCUUUCCUGUGGCGGUCCUCAUGAGAGCCAGUUUCAUCACAGCGCUUGAUGGUUUUUGCAACUGUACUUGAAGAAACUUUCAAAGUUCUUGAAAUGUUCCAUAUUGACUGACCUUCAUGUCUUAAAGUAAUGAUGGACUGUCUUUCCUCUAUGCUUAUGUGAGCUGUUCUUGACAUAAUAUGGACUUGGUCUUUUACCAAAAAGGGCUAUCUUCUGUAUACCCCCCUACCUUGUCACAACACAACUGAUUGGCUCAAACACAUUAAGAAAGAAAGAAAUUCCACAAAUUAACUUUUAACAAGGCACACCUGUUAAUUGAAAUGCAUUCCAGGUGACUACCUCAUGAUGCUUGUUGAGAGAAUGCCAAGAGUGUGCAAAGCUGUCAAGGCAAAGGGUGGCUAUUUGAAGAAUCUCAAAUAUAAAAUAUAUUUUGAUUUGUUUAACACUUUUCUGGUUACUACAUGAUUCCAAAUGUGUUAUUUCAUAGUUUUGAUGUCUUCACUAUUAUUCUACAAUGUAGAAAAUAGUAAAAAUAAAGAAAAACCCUUGAAUGAGUAGGUGUUCUAAGACUUCUGACCGGUAGUGUAUGUGCAAUAUCUAUUACCAGUCAAACCAUGCAUUGUAGACAUUUUCUCUCAAGACAUUGCCUAUCCUUCAACAGCAUUAAUAUUUACUACCAAUACCACUUAGUUGUAGAUGUAUUAAACAGAAAUGACUUGGGAUCCAUUUGAUACUUCUUGGAUUAAGUAUUUAAAAGUAGUCUCCUUGAAUUCACAUAAAGGCGUAGAGUUAAUUCAUCCUGCCUGUCAGUGUCAGUAUGACGUGCUAGAGGGAACGGCUGCUUUAUGGGAGGGCUUCAACAGCCCCAAUGCUUUAUGGGUUUGCUUCAACAGAUGUGUGCCAGAAUUACAUUGAUCUUUUUCUGUUUCUCAUCCUUCCUUCUGUGUCCCAACUCUAUCACUCUCUCUUUCUUCUUUCUCUUUCUCUUCAUCACUAUACCUCUCCCUCUGCUCCCCUCUCUUUUCCACCCUUCUCUUUGUAGAGGAGAACUCCUUUGUGACGUUGGACCACAGUGGGAUUGGAGUGGUGGAGUUUGUCAGUAUGAUGGAGGAGACAGAGUUCACCAUCAAUAUUGCAGCCUUCCCUGCCCCUAAAGUCACCUGGAUGAAAGACGGUAUCGCCAUCACUGAGAACAGCUACUUCCUCACCAAGACCAGCCAUCUGGAGGGCAACCAGUAAGAUCAUAACAUCUGUUUAUAGCAAAGCUGUUUUUUGCGUGGCUUUGGCUCUGUAUGGUGUGUGCUGAACUGAGCUAAGUGGUUCUCUGCCCAUCUUUCAGGUAUCAGAGCACUCUGACUCUUCGGCAGCCACUAGAGGAGGACAGUGGUAACUACACCAUUAUGGUCCUCAGCAGCCCUCACACUGCCCAGUUCUCUUUCACCCUCAAAGUGAAAGGUGAGUAAAACCUCAAACCAAGUGAAAAUGCGUGUGAACAUGCAUUUAUGUUUCUAUGUGUUCAAAUGUGUUAGGAAUUGUGAAUGUGUCAGUGUGCGUGUUUUAUCUCAGGAUCAUCCUAAAUUUGACCAUAUGUCUGCCUGUGUGUGCCUUCCAGCCUCAGGCCCAGUACUGUUCCAGCCAGCCUCAGCCCCGGUGCUGUUCCCCCAGAGAGAGGAGAUGGUUGUUCCCCUCCACACCCCCUUCACGCUGACAUGCAGGGGCGAGGCCGAGCUGGCCUGGGACAUGCCCGUCUACCAAUCAGAGCAGACCGAUGAGGACAACAGCGGCCUGUUCGUCACGACAGUUACCGUAGAGAAUGCCACUGCAGCCCACACUGGCUUCUACACCUGCUUCUACAACGGAGGGAACUCCACUGAGGAGGGAGAGGACAGCAGCAUCUACAUAUAUGUGCCAGGUAUAGGGAAGACAGCACUGUGGUGUUGGAGUUAAAUCUAUGGAAGAAGUUUGAAUAAUUAGAAACUUACUAUGCCCUCUUCUCACCCCCUCAGAUCCAGAGGUGCCCUUCGUCCCCUCUCUGGUGCCCUUUGGCAACCACGUCCUGAAUGGUCACGAUGAGAUGGAGAUCCAGUGUCGCGUGUCGGACCCCAGUGCCAAUGUGACCCUGGUCAACACUGAUACCCAGCAGGCCGUGCCCAUGAUGGUCUACGACAGCAAGAGGGGAGCCGUGGGCUUCUUCAGCGCAGGAACCUACGUCUGCAAGGCCCUCAUCAAUGGAGAGGAGCAUCUCAGUGAGGAGUACAUCGUCCAUGGCUGGGCAGGGGGGUUAGAGCUGCAUGUGGAGCUGAAGGCUCAGAAGACUGCCCUCUUGGUGGGAGACACCAUCACUGUCUCCUGUGUGGCCCGGGGGUCUGAGAUACUGGAAGACCACUGGAAGUACCCUGGAAAACUGGUAAACAACAGCACAUACUGUAUAUACUGUAGUUAUUACUCUCUUCUUGGAGAGCACAUUAAUUGAUUCAUUUAAAAAUGCAUUUGUUUGUUUGAUUAAAAUGGGUCUAACUUGUGUGUGUGUCCUGUGUGUGUGUCAGGCGAACCGUGGCUUGAAGUCGGUGCGUGAGAAUAAGAGGGACCAGGAGAUCCAGUACAUCAUGACUGUCCCCCAGGCCUCAGCCAAAGACAGCGGCAUCUACGCCUGCUCCAUCACUGACAUCAUCAGCAAUGAGAGCCAGACCAAGGAGCUGGCCAUCACUGUCUAUGGUACGUUUGUGUCACUGUUUAUUAACUUAGUAACAAGGCAAUAAUCUUGGUUUAUCAUCUUGCUUGAACUGGUAGAUUGUUCUAACUAGCUGUGACCUGUACAUAUUUUAUUAAUGGUUCUCUCUCCAUUUUCUGUCCUGACAGAGAGCCCAUUUGUGUCGCUGCACCCUGCAUUUAGUUCUCAGGAGUCAGCAGAGCUGGAUGAGAGCAGAGAGUUCCGGGCCGACAUUGACUCCUUCCCCAGCGCCCAGCUCACAUGGCUCAAAGAUGGCCUCCCCCUCAACUACGUGGCGGCUGAGAUAACCACCAGCCUCCAGCAGCUCAACGAGACCAGGUGAGACUUCCUCUGACAUGACUCAACACUGACUGAAGAGAUAGGAUAUACCACUGUCCUGCACACUAAACUCUGUGGCUUAUAACAGGUUCCCAGUUCACCUAGGAUGUUCAGAUGUCUAUUAUUAAGGUCUGGUGUUGUGAGAUGUUAGAGUGGAACUAGUCUCUCGUGACAGACUUAACAGCGAGCACAUGAGAUUAGAGUGUAACCAUACAUGGUGUUUUGUCUCUGUAGGUACCAGAGUGUUCUGACCCUGAUCCGGGCCAAGGAGGAGGACAGUGGGAACUACACCAUCAGAGUGCAGAACGGGAACCACACCCACAGCCACAGCUUCAGCCUGCAGGUCAAAGGUGAGGCAGAGGAAUGCUCCAACCCCUCAAUUUGCAUUUACCUUUAUCUCACUGACACCAGUGGUCCCAUACUCCCAUAACUUUCGGACCCUCUCUCUUUGACCCCUUUUCUCUGUUUCUCUUUUUUCUCUCUCUCUUCCUCUCUUCCUCUCUCUGUAUUGUGGUCUGAGCCCCUGUUCUCUCUCUGUCUGUGUCCAGUACCCGCAGUCAUCGUGGACCUGAUGGACGUCCACCAUGGCUCAGACUCAGGCCAGUCUGUAGUGUGUAUCGCUGGAGGCAUGCCCACUCCUGAGGUGGAGUGGUUCAUCUGCAAGAACAUAAAACAGUAAGGAUACCCUCUCACAACCCCACCUUCUUCCUUUUCAUCUCUCCAUUCUCUCUCUUUCACUCCGACAAUAGCCAGUUUUCUUCCUUAAAAUUCACAUACACCUACUACUGUACAUUGUUCACCUCUACCUGGCCACUUCAUAUGCUGCUAUGCCCAAUGUGACAAUGUAAUGGUAAAAGGUCUUUACACUUUCUUCCUACCCUGUCCAGCUGUGCCAACGACUCGUCUCAGUGGGUGCCCCUGCCUACCAACGACACAGAUGUCACUGUGGAAGCACAUUUUGAUCAGGACAACCAGCUGAAGAGCCAGCUGAUCUUCGUGCAUCUUGAGAACACUCUGGCCGUCCGCUGCCUGGCCAGGAACGAGAUGGCCGUCGUCAGCAGGGAGGUCAAGCUGGUGUCACAAGGUGAGACAUACACUCACAAAGUCACACUUACACACCUCCUCUCUCAGUUACAGUGCCUAUAGAAAGUCUACACCCGAUUAACUUUUUUUCACAUUCUUCUGCGUUACAAUGUAGGAUUGAAAUGGAUUUAAUUGUAAAAAAAAUGACAUGUAUCUACACAGAAUACUCCAUGUCAAAGUGAAAAGAAAAUACUACACAUUUUUACACAUUAAUACAAAUUAAAUAACUAAAAUAGUUGUUGCAUAAGUAGUCACCCCCUUUGUUUAGGCAAGCCUAAAUUAGUUCAGAGGUAAAACUUGGCUUAACAAAUCACAUAAGUUAUAUGGACUCACUGUGUGAAAUAAUAAAGGUUGACAUGUUUUUGUAAUGACUACACCUUCCUCUGUCUCCCAUACAUAUAACAUCUGUAAGGUCCCUCAGUCAAGUAUUGAAUUUCAAGCAGAGAUUCAACUAUAAAUACCAGGGAGCUUUUCGAAAGCCUCAUAAAGAAGGGCAGUGAUCGUUAGAUGGGUAAAAAUAACAAAUCAGACUUUGAAUAUCUCUUUAAGCAUGGUCAAGUUAAUAAUAAUUCUGUGGAUGAUGUAUUAAACCACCCAGAUACAUCAAAGAUGCAGUCGUCCUUCUGAACUGAGCUGGAGGACAGGAAGGAAACUGCUUAGGGAUGUCACCAUGAGGCCAUUGGUGAUUUUAAAUUAGCUACAGAAUUCAAUGGCUGUAAUGGAUGAAGGAUGGAUCAAGAACAUUGUAGUGACUCCACAAUAAUGACCUAAAUGACAGAGUGAAAAGAAGAAUACAAAUAUACAGAAUACAAAUAUUCCAAAACGUGCAUAUGUAUGCAACAGGGCACUGAAGUAAUACUGCAAAAAAACACUGAAAGGAAUAAACUUUUUGGCCUAAAUGCAAAGCCUUAUGUUUGGGGCAAAUCCAACACAACACAUCACUGAGUAACUGCCUCCUUGUUUUCAAGCAUGGUGGUGGCUGCAUCAUGGUAUGGAUAUGCUUGACAUCGGCAAAGACUGGGAAGUUUUUCAGGAUGAAAAGAGACGGGAUGGAGCUAAGCACAGGCAAAAUCCUAGAGGAAACCUGGUUCAGUCUGCUUUCCACGAGACACUGAGAGAGGAAUUCACCUUUCAGUAGGACAAUAACCUACAACACAAAGCAAAAUCUACACUUGAGUUGCUUACCAAGAAGACAGUGAAGUGGCCAAGUUACCGUUUUGACUUAAAUCUGCUUGAAAAUCUAUGGCAAGACUUGAAAAUUGCUGUCUAGCCAUGAUCCCCAACACCUUGACAGAGCUUGAAGAAUUUUGAAAAUAAUAAUGGACAAUACAGGUGUGCAAAGCACUCAUGAGACUUACCCAAGGAGACUCGCAGAUGUAAUCGCUGCCAACAGUGUUUCUAACAUGUAUUAACUCAGGGGAGUGAAUACUUAUCUAAUCAAGGUAUAUUAGUGUUUUAUUUUUCAUUAAUCUUAAAAAAAUGUUAGAAUUUUUCUUCCACUUUGACAUUAGAGUAUUUUCUGUAGAUCGUUGACAAAAAAAUGACAAUUAAAUCCAUUUUAAUCCCACUUUUUAACAUAAUAAAAAAGAAAUCCAAGGGGGGUGUAGACUUUCUAUAGGCACUGUCCAACAGACAUGGUUGGCAUAGUGUGGUGACUAGAUGUACAGUAUCUUAGUUUGCCUGCUACAGUAUAUUUUCUUCCUGCUAUAGUCUCCUCUUUUAAUAGCUAGUAUCUUCCUGUAGUUGCGUCCCUUUGUGACACUUUAAGUGUGAUAGGCAUUGAAGAGACUGUGCUGGGCUGUCAGUGUUGAGGCAGCUGUCUGGUAAAUUGUGUGUGGUGGGGCAAAUUGUGUGUGGUGGGGCAGCUGAUCACAGACUUUCAUUGUGCAGCUGUGUGUUAGCCUGGGAUACUUAUACUGUGAAAAGUAAAGCCCAGGUAGCUUUGGUCAUUUGGCCGCUCCAGCUGUGCCCCAAACCCAACCCCGCCCCACUCCCUAAACCCUUCAGCAGACCUUUUGGUCCUGAUAAUCCUGAGACCCCACUGGCUUGGUUUAUUGGGUGUGAGGCACGAUGCUGAACUAAACCAUUUAAAUAGAGUAUUUGGAUUGCCAUGAUGAAGUUCUUUAUAUUUUACCUCAUGUUUUUUUGUUGUUGAUAAUUCAUCAAACUAACAUUCCCAUAUUGACUUACAUUGACUUCUCCAUGUUGUUUUCUCUCUGUGGCAUUCUCCAUGUUGUGCUCUCCAUAUCAUGUAUGUGUGGUGGUUCUCCUCCUGAACAGGCCCCCACUCUGAGCUGCCUGUAACUGCUGCUGUCUUGGUGCUGCUGGUCAUUGUCAUCAUCUCACUCAUUGUCCUGGUCAUUAUCUGGAAACAGGUACAGCAGAUCACCACUUCCCCUCACACACGCACAAACUCGCUCACUCACUCGCCGACUCAUUCUCUCAUUGACUCAUUAAAUCACCCACCUACACUUUAACAAGUGUCUUAGAGCAGUGUUUCCCAACUCCGGUCCUCCAGUAUCCCCCAACAGUACACCUUUUUAUUGUAGCCCCGGACAAGCACACCUGAUUCAACUUGUCAACUAAUUAUCAAGCCCUCGAUGAGUUCAAUCAGGUAUGUUUGCCCGGGGAUACAACCAAAAUGUGUACUGUUGGGGGGACUGGAGGACCAGAGUUGGGAAACACUGCUCUAAAGCCUAUGUAUGGAUCUGUUUAUCUAUGUCCUCUGUCCUACAGAAGCCUCGCUAUGAGAUCCGCUGGAGGGUGAUAGAGUCAGUGAGCCCUGAUGGUCAUGAGUACAUCUACGUUGACCCCAUGCAGCUGCCAUAUGACUCCAGAUGGGAGUUCUCUCGCGAUGGGCUCGUACUGGGUGAGAGCCGACUGCACUGCUUCCUCUCUCUGUGGUCUUACUGUGGUCAUGUUCUGGUCAGAGUGUCACAUCACCGUGGUCGUGUUCUGGUCAGGCUGUGGUCUGGAUGUCUCCCUCUGGUCUUUGAAGUGAAGAUGUGAUAAGGCUAUCUGGCCUGGCAGACAGGGGAGGCUGGGACAUGGUGCCUGGAUUUGGGUUGUGACUCACUGACCAAAGGGAAUCUCACUCACUGGGGAACUGGGGAAGUCACAGAUGAGAGGGAAGAGGCAGACGUGUGUGUCAAAUAAAAUCGUAUUUUAUUUGUCACAUGCUUCGUAAACAACAGGUGUAGACUAACAGUGAAAUGCUUACUUACGGGUCCUUUUCAAACAAUGCAGAGUUAAAGAUAAACAUAAAAUAUAUAAAAUAUAAAUAGUGACACAAGGAAUAAAUACAGAGUGAAUAACAAUAACGAGUGAACAUAACAUGGCUGUAUACAGGGAGUAGUAACGAGUCGAUGUGCAGGGUACGAGGUAAUUGAGGUAGCUAUGUACUGUACAUAUAGGUAGGGGUCAAGUGACUAGGUAACAGCGUAUGUGAUGAGUGUGAAAGUGUGUGUGUGUGUGGCGUCAGUAUGCAUGUGUGUGCAUGUUAUGUGUGUGUGUGGGCAUAUGUACUGUGUGUAGGUAUGUGUGUGUUGGAGUGUCAGUGUGAGUAUGUGUGAGUUUGUGGGUAGAGUCCAGUGUGUGUGCAUAGAGUCAGUGCUUGAGAGUGUGUGUGUGUGUGUGUUUGCCUGUCUGUCUAUGUUUGUGUAUUUGUUUACCCUCCAUGUUAACUGAUCAUGUGCCAUGUCUGCUGUGUCUGCAGGUCGUGUCCUGGGCUCUGGGGCGUUUGGGAAGGUGGUGGAGGGAACUGCAUACGGACUCAGCCGCUCCCAGCCCGUCAUGAAGGUGGCUGUGAAGAUGCUGAAACGUGAGUUGACCACAGACAGCUGUAGAGUUGACCACAGACAGCUAUAGAGUUGACCACAGACAGCUAUAGAGUUGACCACAGACAUCUAUAGAGUUGACCACAGACAGCUAUAGAGUUGACCACAGACAGCUAUAGAGUUGACCACAGACAGCUAUAGAGUUGACCACAGACAGCUAUAGAGUUGACCACAGACAGCUAGAGUUGACCACAGACAGCUAUAUAGUUGACCACAGACAGCUAUAGUUGACCACAGACAGCUAUAGAGUUGACCACAGACAGCUAUAGAGUUGACUAUAGACAGCUAUACAGACAGCUAUAGAGUUGACCACAGACAGCUUACGUUGUGAUUGAUGAAACAAUGGCAGUCAUUGAUGGAUCUUGUUAAUGAUUAAUUGAUUGUGUGUGAUGGACCGAUAGAUGCGGUGUGAUUGAUUGAAGGUUGAUUUAUUGUUUUUCUGUUUCGCGUUGUAGCCACGGCCCGCUCCAGUGAGAAACAGGCCCUGAUGUCAGAGCUGAAGAUCAUGACUCACCUGGGCCCUCACCUCAACAUCGUCAACCUGCUGGGGGCCUGCACCAAGUCAGGUGACUGCACACAAACACACACACACACUUACAGAAAUACAGUGGUGUAAAGUACUUAAGUAAAACUACUUUAAAGUACUACUUAAGUCGUUUUUUGGGGUAUCUGUACUUUACUUUACAAUUUAUAUUUUUGACUACUUUUACUUCACUACAUUCCUAAAGACAAUAAUGUACUUUUUCCUCCAUACAUUUUCCCUGACACCCAAAAAUACUCGUUACAAUUUGAAUGCUUAGCAGGACUGGAAAAUGGUCCAAUGCACGCAUUUAUCAAGAGAACCUCCCAUGUCAUCCCUACUGCCUCUGAUCUGGCAGACUCACUAAGCACAAAUGCUUUGUUUGUAAAUGAUGAGUGUUGGAGUGUGCCCUUGGCUAUCUGUAAAUUUCAAAAACAAGAAAAUGGUGCCGUCUGGUUUGCUUAAUAUAAGGGAUUUUAAAUUAUUUAUACUUUGACAUUUACUUUUGAUACUUAAGUAUAUUUAAAACCAAAAACUUUUAGACUUUUACUCAAGUAGUAUUUUAUUGGGUGACUUUCACUUUUACUUGAGUCAUGUUAUAUUAAGGUAUCUUUUCUUUUACUCAAGGAUGACAAUUGGGUACUUUUUCCACCACUGCAGAUAUGCACACACUCACACACACACAUAUGGUUUUGACAGCCAAGACAGGCAGUUGCCAUUCCUCUGGGCCGAUGGUGGGUGUGGUAUUUUAAUAGUGUUUUUAUGAGUAUAAAGGCUUGCCCUCUUGGCGUAGCUUUUAGCCUUUAUGAGCCUCUGAUAAGUUUAGCCAGCAGACUGACGCUUGUGUCUCUAUCCCUCUGCUCUGUUCCCAUGCAGGCCCCACCUACAUCAUCACUGAGUACUGCUUCUAUGGAGACCUGGUCAAUUACCUGCACAAGAACAGAGAGAACUUCCUCAGCCUGCACCCAGAGAAGACCAAGAAAGACCUGGACAUCUUUGGCAUCAACCCUGCAGAUGAGAGCAGCAGGAGGUAAAGAGACAUAGGAUCAGCUGCAGAAACACACACACACAUGGGCGCACACACACACGGACACACACAGGCACGGACACGCACAGGCACGGGCGCGCACACACACAUGCACUAGCACGCACGCUUGCACACACACCCCCUAUGUCGUGUGUCCCCCUCCUCAGUCCCUGCUCCCCUCUCCCCCACUCAGUCAUUCUGUCUCAUUGACGCAGCAUUCUACUGCAGGCUCUCAGUAACAUAACGUAACCCUACCCCAGUCUUCCUCAUGGCUGAGGAGGUCGUCUGUCGUCUUCCACUAAUCAAAUCUGUGUCUGAAGUGGUGCUCGGCUUUCAGCCUAAUCACAUGACUGUUGUUUGGGUACCUGUUAAUGGUCUCUGUCCAGACGAGCAUGGGGGAAACACUAGGAGAGGCCUGCCUGCUCCUCUCUACUCUGCUGAUCUGUGUUGACGGAUGACUCACAAUGACCACAUCUCAGAGUGACCACACCAUGAUUUAAUCUCUACCACCCUGACCAUCAACCGCACCCUCUGUAGGGGGAACCUCAGGACAUACAUUGGGUGUCCUUUGAGAAUGGUGAUUCUAACAUGGUUGUUGUUGUCUUUCUACCAACCUCCUCCCUCCCUCCUUCCCUGCAGCUAUGUGAUCCUGUCCUUUGAGAGUGGUAAAGGGGACUACAUGGAGAUGAAGCAGGCAGACACCACGCAGUACGUGCCCAUGCUGGAGAUGAGUGAUGCCUCCAAGUAUUCCGACAUCCAGAGGUCUGAAUAUGACCACCCACCAUCACAGAAGGGUGGUGAGUACACAGUCGGACAGUCUCUCUCUCUCUCUCUCUCUCUCUCUCUCUCUCUCUCUCUCUCUCUCUCUCAGCUUGCGUUGGCUGAAGUGCAGGGUUUUAGUCAGCGCUGGUUGGGUUGGUUGAGGGGUCCAGCCUGUAAUUAUAUAGCAAGGGUAAUUGUAGCAGACACAUAAUAAUGCGUAUUUCUCCCUUCCAUUAGGAAAAGCCAGGUUACAGCGGCCAGUUCUAUAUUUACAUGCACAUAAACAUACAAACACACACUUUAUUCACUCACUCAUAGACAGACUGAAGCUUAAUGUCUGUAUAUGUUUGUUUUUCUGAUCCAGAUAAUGAGAUGGACAGCCUGCUGUCAGAGGACGGCAACGAGGGCCUCAGCACCACAGACCUGCUCAGCUUUACCUACCAGGUGGCCAGAGGCAUGGAGUUCCUGUCCUCUAAGAACGUGAGUGGGACCAAGGGCUGGGAAUGAAUGGAGAUCAGUGGGACAUGAUAUUAGGUCAGUGCAGUGGCUGGGGAUAACAGGCCAAUGUCAUACAAUACAAUAGCUAUUCUGAGACCAAGGUCUCUUUUACAGAUGAGCCCUGAAUUACAUAAAUUACAUAAAAUAUAAAAUAUAAAUACAAAAUGCAAGCAGAAAGAAAGAAAAACACAGUCAUAAAAAAACAAAUGCAUUCAUCAGUAAUACGGUCCUCAAUCAGCUUUCUGAAUUGCCCUAGAGGCACCAAAACAUCAGGCUGUACAUUUCAUCUUGAUGUUCUGGUGUUGUUCGGGCAAUUUAAAGUAUUGAUUGGGGACUUAUUUGUGGAGGAAUGUAACAGUUUUUCUGCAUGAUUUGUGAUGUUUUAUUUGUGCUUCCCAUGACUGUGUUUUUGUAUUUAGGUUGGGUAUAAUGUGUAUAUUUAUGAUUUAUGUAGUAUAUACAGGGCAGAUUUGUAAAAGAGACCUAGGUCUCAAUAUGUCUUCCCUGUUAAAAUAAAGGUAAAAAUAAACAAAAAACAUAUAAACUUUAACAACAUUUUGAAGAUUUCUCCACAAAUAAGGUGCAAGAAAACUUAAAGCUGAUUUACCUAACUCAGUAGAGACCAAGGGGAUGUACAGAUGAUAUCAACUAGAGGUACAGAAAUGAGCCUAGGAUACCAUAGCCAUCUUUUAAUGGCCUGACUUUGCAACGAAGGAAGGACGUGAUGGUCACAUGAUUCCAUUGGCUUAGCAGAAGCUUGUGCCACUGGCAAGCUUGUUCUGACCUCUAUUGGUACACAGCAGGGAGUGGGUCGGUUGCCACGUCAACCCUGCCGUCUGCAUGUUCCAGUGGUAACCACGGUAAUGAUGGCAGGCAGGUUGUGGGCUGCUGUUGUGCUUGAUGACAGCUGUGAAAGCCAAGAGGUUGGCUAAAUCAGGGGUUCUGUGAUAAGCGGCCCUGUGAAGGCUGAGCUCACUGCUCAGGAGACAGGCCAGGUCUUUAUAUAGAACACCCAGUAGGCUGGAAUUACACUGGGUACAAAGAAGCUAUAAGCUCCUCAUACAGCCUCCUAGUUAUUAUCCCUGAAUAUCCCCUGGUCAGGAGUGGUCAGUCAAGGCCGUCUCUUAGGCUGGCCUGUUGAUAUAAAGCCACCCUGUAAAACAUGAGGAGGAAAGAAAGAAUUUUAAAAAAGGGAGAACAUACAAAUGGUUUCUUUGAAUUGAGAUUCAUUAAAUGCUGAAUGAGUGAUUGAAUUCAUUCUCUGUGUGUCUGUUUUGCGGUGCAGUGUGUGCAUCGAGACCUAGCUGCCAGGAAUGUCCUGCUCUCUCAGGGGAAGAUAGUGAAGAUCUGUGACUUUGGCCUGGCCAGAGACAUCAUGCAUGACAACAACUAUGUCUCCAAAGGCAGUGUGAGUAUUUCUCUAGGACCAUACUGGCUGUUUGUGUGCCCUAAGCAUAGACAUGUAUCCUGCUUGUUCAUGUUAGCACUCCAUUAUAUUCCACUAUUGUAGUGUCCGUUAUGUGAGUGCAGUGUAUUUGAUCCAUCUGCUGUGUGUGUUGACCAUAGACCUUCCUGCCAGUGAAGUGGAUGGCUCCUGAGAGUAUCUUUGACAAUAUGUACACCACUCUCAGUGAUGUCUGGUCCUACGGCAUCCUCCUCUGGGAGAUCUUCUCUCUAGGUGAGGCUCAGCUGACCUCAAAUCUGUGACAGAGACACAUCUUCAGAAGCAUGUUAAGGAGACAUCUGACUCCAGAUCAGUGUGUUGACAGUGAUACUGGUGUUUGCUGGUGUACUGAUUGCAGUGUGUUUGUGUUAAAGGUGGCACCCCAUACCCAGGGAUGGUAGUGGACUCCAGCUUCUACAACAAGAUCAAGAGUGGCUACAGGAUGGCCAAACCUGAGCACGCCCCCGCUGAUGUGUAUGUACAUAUUUUUUAUAUAAUUAUACAUUUUGUUGUGUGCAUUUUGUUGAAACACUUUUUAUGCCAAAACACUUUCUAAAACACUAGAUCAGAUAACAUUUUCCCAUACGUCAUGCAAAUACUAUGGAAUGCUACUACUGCUGUAAAUGUCUAACGCACAGUACUAAACUGUGAUAUACAAUGCCAUGACAUGACUGUUAUACCAUGGCGUUUCACUCCCUGUACUGUUUGUCCUGUUCUCUCUGUUUAAAUAGCGUGUUUUCCCUCCUCCAGGUAUGAGAUGAUGAUAAAGUGUUGGAACAGUGAGCCUGAGAAGAGGCCUUCCUUCCUCAGCCUGAGUGAGAGUGUGGCUUCACUGCUGCCCUCCGGCUACAAGAGGGUGGGUGUCUCUACAGUAUGACCUCUGACCUAACAGCCUCUAUCAGGGUUCCUCACACCUGCUUUCUAAUGUCCCUCUGUCUUUCAUUCCUGACCCUGACCUCCAACGUUUGGACCUACUCCUCCCUCUUAUCGUUUCUUGUCCUUUCUAAUCAAUCUCAUCCCCCUUUUACCUUACCUGACCUAUCCUAUUUUUACCCAGGAGGGGAGUAAGUGCUUCAACCAUCCUCUUUCUCCAUCCCUUUCUCACACUUUUCCUAGCCAGUGCGUUCCCCCUAGCCUUGGGGCCUGUUAUAGUCCUACAGUACUAACAAAGUGAAGUUAAUCUAAAACCAGGCUCACAAACUCCAACCACUUCCCCCAAUGCUGCCAGUUGAGUGUGUUUCUGUGGGCUCUGCCAGUUGAGUGUGUUUCUGUGGGCGCUGAGUGCUGUGCAUUUCCGUUGUAUUAAAGCCCAGCUCUGGCGAUGAUUAGAGUGCUAAUGCUCCAGCUGGUGGUCAGUGGCCAGCCCCAACCACAAUAAUGACACAGUCAGCAGCAGCAGCAGCCCCAGGUCUCUCCUCCACCUCCCCUCCACCAGCUAGGCUAACCAUAAUGAGCCUAUUAAACAGCACACCACACAUGACACCUCAAACCUCCUCCUCCCCCACUACUCUGCUUUACUGGUCCAGGAGAGUGGAGGAGUUAGCUCCCAUUUUAGCACCUCAGGCUGGGGUUGGCUGGGCUAGGGUGGGGUGGGAUGGGAGAUCACCACCAGGCUGACUGAGUGAGAACACACACCGCUGACAGCUGGUUCAACUGGUUCAACGGGUUCAACUGAUAAAUCUGUUUUAGGAUUGAUUUGUGAGUUGAAGUGAUUUAUGUUUUGUGAUUAUGAAGGGGAUGCUACUAUUUUGGAGGUACUGUAUGUGAGGUACCAGAGCAGUAAAUAACUCUUGAGUAGUCCAGGCCAAAAGUAUUUUCUUUACAUGCACAGCACUCUUUUUUUAUUUUUACGGUUAGACAUAUAGCAAAGUUUUCUGCAUGGUACUGUAGACAUUAUGAUCCAAUGCUCCUAUAUAGGUUGAUGUUCAAUGGGCUCUCGCUCUGUUGUGCAGUGCUUCGAGAGGGUAAGCCAUGAGUUCCUGAAGAGUGACCAUCCAGCAGUGACCAGGGUCCAGGUGGAGGGUGAUGAUGCCUACAUUGGGAUCACCUAUAAGAAUCAGGACAAGUCAAAAGACAGGGAGAGUGGCUUCGACGAGCAGCGCCUCAGCUCUGACAGUGGUUACAUUAUCCCCCUCCCUGACCUGGACCCUCUGUCUGAUGACGAGUACGGCAAGAGGAACCGCCACAGGUAGGCUACCACCUCAAUCUCAGACAUGUCUAUCUUAAUUCUCAGAUUCUAAUAUGUGGUAUAGGUUGACAACACUGUUUUAUACCAUAACAUGUGGUAGUAACUAUCACUAUUGGCAGACUAAAUAGCCUUGGUUUCUCAAAUGACUGCCUCGCCUGGUUCACCAACUACUUCUCAGAUAGAGUUAAAUGUGUCAAAUCGGAGGGCCUGUUGUCUGGACCUAUGGCAGUCUCUAUGGGGGUGCCACAGGGUUCAAUUCUUGGGCCAACUCUUUUCUCUGUGUAUAUCAAUGACGUCGCUCUUGCUGCUGGUGACUCUCAGAUCCACCUCUACGCAGACGACACCAUUUUGUAUACAUCUGGCCCUUCAUUGGACACUGUGUUAACAAACCUCCAAACGAGCUUCAAUUCCAUACAACACUCCUUCAGUAGCCUCCAACUGCUCUUAAACACUAGUAAAACUAAAUGCAUGCUCUUCAACCGAACGCUGCUUGCACCCGCCCACCCGACUAGAAUCACUACUCUAGACGGGUCUGACCUAGAGUAUGUGGACAACUACAAAUAUCUAGGUGUCUGGUUAGACUGUAAACUCUCCUUCUAGACUCACAUUAAGAAUCUCCAAUCCAAAGUUAAAUCUAGAAUCGGUUUCCUAUUUCGCAACAAAGCCUCCUUCACUCAUGCUGCCAAACAUGCCCUCGUAAAACUGACUAUCCUACCGAUCCUUGACUUCGGCGAUGUCAUUUACAAAAUAGCCUCCAACACUCUACUCAGCAAAUUGGAUGUUGUCUAUCACAGUGCCAUCCGUUUUGUCUCCAAAGCCCCAUAUAAUACCCACCACUGUGACCUGUACGCUCUUGUUGGCUGGUCCUCACUACAUAUUCGUCGCCAAACCCACUGGCUCCAGGCCAUCUAUAAAUCACUGCUAGGCAAAUCCCCGCCUUAUCUUAGCUCAUUGGUCACCAUAGCAACACCCACCCGUAGUCUGCGCUCCAGCGGGUAUAUCUCACUGGUCAUCCCCAAAGCCAACACCUCCUUUGGCCGCAAUUCCUUCCAGUUCUCUGCUGCCAAUGACUGGAACAAAUUGCAAAAAUCUCUGAAGCUGGAGACACUUAUCUCCCUCACUAACUUUAAGCAUCAGUUGUCAGAGCACCUUACCGAUCACUGCACCUGUACACAGCCCAUCUGAAAUUAGCCCGCCCAACUACCUCAUCCCUAUAUUGUUAUUUAUUUUGCUCAUUUGUACCCCAGUAUCUCUAUUUGCACAUCAUCUAUUGCACAUCAUUCCAGUGUUAAUACUAAAUUGUAAUUAUUUUGCACUAUAGCCUAUUUUAUUGCCUUACCUCCAUAACUUGCUAAAUUUGCACACUGUAUAUUAAUUGUAUUUCUGUUGUAUUUUUGACUUUGUUUUGUUUUACCCCAUAUGUAACUCUGUGUUGUUGUUUUUAUCGCACUGCUUUGCUUUAUCUUGGCCAGGUCGCAGUUGUAAAUGAGAACUUGUUCUCAACUGGUUUACCUGGUUAAAUAAAGGUGAAAUAAAAUAAAUAAAAAUAAAAGUUCUGUUCACCAAAUGCAAACAUCCAGCAAACGAGAUAGAUAACCCUUAUAUUUAAUUAAUGGUCUCCUCCUGUAUACUAUACCCCAUCACGCCCAUUAACUGUUUAGUAACAAUGACCUGUGCCUCUCUGUCCUGUGUAGCUCUCAAACAUCUGAGGAGAGUGCCAUAGAGACAGGCUCUAGCUUCACGCUGGCCAAGAGAGAAGGAGAGACCCUGGAGGACAUCAGCCUGUUGGAUGAGAUGUUUCUGGGCUCAGAGCUGGUGGAAGACAGCUUCCUGUGAAAGGCCUGGAGAAGCCAAAAGCCUGCUAAAGAGAGGGAGAGAGUGAGGGGGAAAACACACCUGAACACAGACUCUCAGACCACCCAAAGACCCCUCCUCGCCACCCCCUAUCUCGACCCCUCCUCAUCCUCCGCCCAUACACCUCCAUUCCUCUCAGGAGGACAGAGCAAAACCACUUCACUGCUUGGACGAGUCUGUGGCCAGAUCAUGGUACGCCUGCCGUGGGGCUAGAGGGACGAGCAGCAUGGAUGGAUGGAUGCUACACUAAAGACUCACCACGACCAUGUGGUUACAGAGUCUCUAUGGAACAUUACAGUGAUGGAUGGGACUAAGAGCACAUGAGGAGAACAUGGAGGAAGAUU